GAAAUUCGACGUAGUGACGCUGAACGGAAGUUUUGUCUCUCGUGAACUGGCGUCGUGAGAGUCUCGUUUGAUUCUCUUAAACUCCCGUUUGCGGAAGUUCAAACAUCGACUCAGUUUUUGUUCAUUUGUCUGUUCCACGGACGCCGAGUUUUUCAGUGAUUUGAAUCACAACUGUUGUACACUGUAUGGGAUCUAUAGUUAAUGAUGUUUGAGGAAUGUUUCGGAAACGGGCCAUUUAUCUUCAGAAUCAACGAGAAUGGCGGGGGACCAAUGCUUUUAAUGCAGGUCUGUCUAGAAAGAGGUUGGCGAGAGUACAACGGUGAUACUGAAAGCUGGAAUCUGUGGUGGAGAACUUCGGGGUUUCCUAUCAGCCACCAUAGAAAUCUAUAUGCUUGGCAGUAUAUCAAUCACAUUCCAAAAGGAUCUUCAAUAUGUAGGAAAGACAAUCUAGUAAGAUAUUUAAGGUGUAUGAGGAAAGUAUAUGGUUCCAUAUAUGAUUUCAGCCCACAUGGAUAUAAUUUACCCUUAGAAUAUACAAAAUUAGCAGCCGAAUGCAGUAGAGCAAGAUCGCAUAGUAAGGAUGAUGUGAAAUACUUUGAAGACAAACCAAUUUGGAUAUGCAAACCCGUGGCUCAGAGCCAAGGACGAGGAAUAUUUUUAUUCAGGAAGCUUAGUGAGUUAAACUACGAUACCAACACAAUAGUUCAACGAUACAUAGAAAAGCCUCUAUUAAUCGGAGGCUACAAGUUUGAUUUAAGACUGUACGUAUGCAUUCCUUCAUACCAUCCCGUUACUAUCUACAUGUACAGAGAAGGUCUAGCAAGAUUUGGUACUGAUAAAUUUAGUCUCAAUGAUCUUAGAAACCCGUUUAGACACUUGACGAAUUCUUCCAUUAAUAAAUUGGGGCCUGGGUAUACCGAAAUGAAAGACCGAGUUGGUUCAGGUUGUAAGUGGACUUUACGCCAGCUUAGGAGAUACUUUCAGCAAGCAGGAAUUUUAGAUUGGUUAUUAUGGCAACGAAUCACAUCCUUGGUUAUACUAACAGUCUUAAGUCAUGUUAAUCAAAUUCCACCGACUGUUAAUUGUUUUGAAUUUUUUGGUUUCGAUGUACUCAUCGACAGUUCUCUACGGCCUUGGUUGUUAGAGGUAAACCUAAGUCCUGCCCUUAGUAAUGAUUGUGAUGCAGAUAGAUUAGUGAAAAAGCCCAUGCUUCAUGACAUGUUCGAUUUACUGGGAUUACCAUUAUACAAUACAGGACUGGCUGUUUUUGAUAUAUUUUCCGAUGAACCGGUUGAUGACAGGAAUACCGAUCAAGAAAAUAAAAAUAUGUCUCUGAUAAAUACAAUAUCAGUGGUAAACGCAGCAGGUAGGUGGAGAAGAAAACAAAAGAAAAUGUCUGCGACAUGUUCUAGAUCCAGUUCUGCUAUACGAGUAAAAAGUAGAGCAGCAUCUGCCAAUAGUUCUCAAAGAACUUACAUAACAUUGCCAAAAGUUCACGUAGAUGUUCGUGCAGUAGCUUCACCCGUGCAUAAUGGAAAUACUAAACAGGGCUGUGAUGAUUUCAAAAAAUCAGAAUCAAAAUCUUGGGGAAAUGGAAGAGAUUGGAAUUACCCCAAAUCACGUGAAGGUGGAUGGAUUCGUAUUUGGCCAUUUUCCUUAGAAACUCCCAAUAAAAAUAGUACUUAUGGCAAUAAUGGACAUAUGAAAAAUAUGGUUAAUGAAGUUAUUAAAUUCACGAAAAAAGCCAAAGAAUUGGCCAGAAAACAUUCUAUGGCUUCCGAAUGUCAGCUUAGCGAAUAUCUACAGGCAGACAUGGAGAUGACUGGGGAUAUAUGGAUUCCUCCAGUUUAGAAAUUCUGCUUAAAAUUUUAGUCUAUAAAAUGUAUACCAAAUUCAACUUAAUGUGAUGGUAAAUCAUAGAUAAAAGAAUUUAUUGUGGAUUUCUCGAAUUUCAUUGUCUUAAGUUCAUACAGGGAAUCUAUUUGAUAAGGAAUAUGGAAAACUGUGUCAUACUAUUUUUUAGAGAGAGAGAGAGAGAAAGAAAGUUAGGUUUUAGGUUUGCAAUCAAAUUACAUCAACUUUCUAGUGAUGAUGAGCACAACCCUUAAAAUUUCAUAAUUAGAAAUAGGGAAAUAAUUUAUUUAAAAGAUCGUUUAGCUAGUCCUUUAAAACAUAUUUCUUGUAUCAAAUGGUUUGUACUAGAACAAAAUUAAUAGAAGGUGAGUUAUGUUUGAGACAUCGAUGGUAAUAGAGUCACCUCUCAAUCUCCUCUAUAACAUGAAACCUCUACAUGUAGCUGUUAUUUUUCAUAUAAAUCUUUAAAACUGCGAUGCUGUGUUUAAUAACAAUCAACCAGGGCUGCUUUUUAAGUUUAUAUAACAAAUGAAAUAGAAGCGAACAAGUUCGAAACAAAGUAUUCAAUAACUUUUCUCAAUAUAAAGUUAAUAUGUUUUUGCAUACGAUCAAAUCAAUUCUGGAAAUAUUUUUCCACUCUUAGAUCAUAGGAUAUAAUUCUGAAAGUUCUCGACAGCUUCUUUAGUUGAUGAAAAUCGCUGUGUGCGCAUUUUUUCUUUGACAGUAGAGAACAGGAAAAAGUCAUUAGGUGAUAAAUCAGGUGUAUAUGAUCAAUCAUACCGUUGAACAUCGUGUUACUUACAUAAGGAAACUAUUUAAUAUCUUAUCAAAUAAAAACAAAAAUAUUAAAUAGUGCAAAGUGGCCACCUUGCACUUCCACACACUUUGGAGUCUAAGGAGGAUAUUUCUUUGAACUUGGAAGUGCAUUCCAAGAUUUUGCCUUAUAUAAUGGAAGUGAAUUGUAUCGAUCAUUUCGUUCCUUGUGUUUACCGGUGUUCCAUAUACCAAUGAAUCCAUUGUAUUUAAUUCAUGGAAACGUAAAGGCCAUGCAAAUGGAUCACCCCAACCAAUCCACCCAUUGGGAAAAAUGUUAUUAAGAUAAUUUUUCACACCAUUUACGAAGUGGAGAGAGAAGCUCCACAUACUAUAAAAAGACAUGUCACAAAACAGACCACUGGAUGGAGUAAUAGAAGACUACAAGCUGAUAAGUACAAUUAUUACCAAAGAUGUCCAAAUAUUGGUAUACGUAGAUUAUCUGACGAUAAUAACAAGAAGUGUAUAAAUCCUGAAGGAAACAAUCUUGAAGAUCGAACAAGAGGCUAGCAAUAGGGAAAUAUAUAUUCGAGGGAAUUAACAAUUCCAAAUACUUAGGAAUAACUGUUAUCAACCAGAAAUGAGAGGAUGAUCAACGAUGAGAGGAAAUCACUCGAAGGAUCCACGGUCUAUGCAAAAAAAUUAGUGGAUAUACCAAACUGAAAAUUUACAGAACAGUAUAAGAAUAAGGCCUACAGUAACCUAUGGAGGAGAAACGAUGAAUUUAACAAAAGCUGAAGAAGAAAAACUUCGAAAGAAAAAUGAUAUAUAUGGAGCAAAAAAGGUAGGUGACGGACAAUAUAGAAUCUUUAUGAACACUGAAAUUAGAAAAAUCUUUAAUGGAGAAACUAUUACCAUAUAGUAGCGAAUAAGAUGGCAAGGAUACAUAUAAAGAAUGAAAAAUAAUAGUAAAGUUAAAAGAAUAACAGAAUGGUAGCCCUUAAGUAACCGGCUCAGAAAAAGACGUAACAAUUAAUAUAAACAAAAUGGGAGCCCUUAAUUAUUGAAUGUUCAGCUGAUUAUUCAUAUAACUUCAUUUUCCUAAUUUGGUAUCUAAAAUAACAAUACCAAUGGGAUAAUCCAUUGUUCACCCACUAUUGUGUAAAGUGAGUCAAUUCUACUUUCUCAAAUCUCAUUCAGUUCGCUCUCCAUUAUUAGUACUAAGUGCAUUAAGAUUAUUCUUCCAGCUGAAUACUAAUUCAAUACCGAAACUAUUAGAUAUUAAAACAAUGUAAUCCGGUGAGCCUAUGUUAUAAAAGAAAAUUUGGAACAACUAAGAUGGUUUGGUCAAUAAAGAAGAAUGAGAGAAGAACGAGUAAUAUGGGAGAUAUAUGAAGUAGGCACUUACAAAACAUGGAAGGGGGAUAGAAGAUGAACUGAAAAGAAAAAAUAAAAGUAACAAGGAAAAAACAAACCAUAAGAUGGCAGGACGUAAAACAAAGAUAGGAUAGGAAAGAAUGAAAAUAGUUAUCGAGAAAGGAGCUCUCGCAAUGACUUAACACAUGAAAGGGUAGAAAGGCAUCAAGAUUGAGAAAAAGUAAAAUAUAUCAUGAAAUUUGGUACUAUAUUUUCAUUUCAACGUAAUAUGUGUAACCUUGCCUGAAAUUUCAAUCUCCUAUUCAAUUCAUUCCAAUAUUAAACCUUUUAGGCUUCGCUAAAGCAUUCUUAUAAUUCAUUCCAAUCAUUACCUUUCAUUUAAUGUAACGAAACAGGGUCUAAAUGACACCAAUGUUUUUUCGCAUUCAUGUUUGGGUGCCACCGAAUGUACUAUUUAUUUCUAUUAUAUUUUUCUGUAGAAUUUUCAAAUUCAUCACAUAUAUUCUCAACACAAAGUUUUGCGAGAACAUAGGAAAGUUUCUAUAUUUCCAUUGAUAUUUAAUAUUGUUACGUAAUGGUAUUUAAAAGUAAAAGAUUAUUCUUCUAAUUUCGAUAAAUGUAGCCUGUAUACUGCCUAUGCAAUGCCAAAAUAAUUGUUAAUUAAAUUUGAUAAAACUAUGCCUUUGCACAAUAAUAUUUUAUAGAAUAGACUAGCCAAUUAUAGGAUAAUAUCAUUGAAUUUUUUAUAGAAAUUAGAUCAGAAAAAAUGUUACAAGGUUAACGGAAUUUUAAUUCCAAAUUGUCACAUUGUCACUAUUUAUUCAGUUUCGUACAUAUGAGGGUUGUCACAAAAAAUUUCCGUGAGAACUAAAAUAAAACUUACCGCAACAACAAAAAAAACAGAGCAAAUAAAAACAGAUGGAACAUAGAAAAGCAAAAAGAUGGAAAUAGGAAUUCAUUUAAAACUGGAUAGACUUUUGAAGAAACGGACAUAAACGUGAUCUGGAAAAAUAUGGAGAAAAGUAUUGUGGAUACAACAAAUAGAAUCGGUUGGAAAAUUGCUGGCAACAGUUUUUUCCGAUAGUCAUAGUUAUUGAAAAUGGUCGAUAAGCGCAAUCUCAUGACUAUCGAAAAAACUGGGAGAGUAAUCCACAUAAAUGGUUGAUAAGAAGAAGGGAGAAAUUGAAAAAAAAAACGACCGCAUUUGAAGAAAAAGAAAUACUCUUCCAACAGGACAACGCACCUUAUCAUACUUCAAUUAUAAUGUGUACAUACUUAAAAGAAGACUAUACUGGAUAAUAUAAAUAAUUAGAGAAAAAAAUGCCAUGAUUCUUUGUAAACUUGGUUAUUGAAACUCGUUAUCGACGGGUUUGAAAUAUAGUAUCUAAAGUAGUAGAACAAAAGAGUCGAGAAGCAUGAAAUAUGAAGCAUUUUUCUGAUCUAUUUUCACUCUCAUAAACAAAUAUAUUUUCUAGGAUUGAAUUUGUUAUCAAUUGCCUACGAGGGUUACUAGUUAUAUUUUUAAAAUGAAUUAAGCACAUAUUUAGUAUCGUAGCUGAUUUCACUACACGUGUUUCAACCAAUUAAUUAACUUCAAUUUUCUAUUUAAACGCUAAGAGAGCUUCAUCUCGUGUUAAAAAAUUAUUGCAUUAUCGUCUCAUAACGAAGGUCUAAGAAGAUUUGAUACUAUGAAAGAUUUGGUAUUAAGAAUCUGUAAAAGGGUAUGAGGGUAUUCACAUAAGAGUUAGCAUAAAGCAUUUUUCGUUCUGCUCCAAAAACGGCAGUAUUUAUAAGACAGGAACGAGUCACUCUGUGUUUGCAAUUAUUAUCGUUUGUUCCACAUUCCAUCAAUUAUUACUAUACGUAUUAGUAACCCUCGUAUGGAGAGAAUCAACAUUUCAUCUUUCUUUUAUUCACAAAAUUUAAGCAAUAAUUGUAUGUUAAAAUCUGUUGAAAUAAAAUUUUUGU